AUGAAGCUGUACGCGGCAUUCACCUUGCUGGCCACUGCGGCCACGCUGGUGGCGGCUAAAACCAGCGACAACGUCGCGCAGCACAGCAGCGGCAGUGGCGACUCGUUCAACUCGACCGUCGGCUAUGAUCAUACGUCGAUUCCGACUGUACUACCGACGGCGACGCCUACUCCCGUUACGACAGCCCCUCCUCCGACCAAGCAACAGUCGAUCUCGUCUAGUGGCAAGGACGACACGCAGCAGCACUCGUCCCUGGGUAGCGGGAGCGGAGAGUCUCAUCAAGCUUCGAGCUCCGGUCAAGGUGACGAUAAGACUCCAUUGCCAACGGUGGUGCCUACAGCUGUCCCCACUCCCAUUGAGCAGCAGUCGAGUCCGUCGAGCGGUAGUGACGCUAACCACGCGUCUCAGCAGGGUAGCUCGACCAGCGAACAGGCAUCAGGGAAGAACUCGAACGCUGGAAGUGCCGACGACAAGAAGACGGAGCUUCCGACGACUCCCCCCACUGUGACGGACUUGCCUUCGACCACGGCGCCGCCGUCCACGCCGCCGUCCACGCCGCCGUCCACGCCGCUGCCAGGCUCAUCGAGCAGCCAUGACGAGGGUCAGAAGGGGUCGAACUCGGGUAGUGGAAGUGAACAGGACAAGUCGAGCUCGAGUCACGGAAGCCUUGAAGGAGAAGAGACCCCGUUGCCGACUCCGACCGGUGCGCCGGCAACGACAGCGCCGUCAACUACGGCACCCGCGACUAGCCCUCCGACCGAAAAGCCCUUGGGAUCGUCGAGUAGCGGCCAGGCCACGCAACAGAGCUCAGCCUCUGCGAGUGGCAACGGCAAGACUCCAGCUUCGCAUGAGUCGUCGAAAUCUGGGAGUGAACAGGAUGAGACACAGCCACCGACGAUGCCUCCUACUGAUGCUCCGACGAUUCCUCCCACGGUGAAGCAGUCGGGGUCGGAGAGUGGCAAUAAAGACAAGCAGACGUCUCCACACUCGAGCUCGGCAAGCGGAAAGGAUGGCGAACAGAACUCGCAGAAGCACUCCGCGUCAGGAAGUGGCCACGAUGAGGACUUCAAGGUGUCUCAAGCGAACUCGCAGCACAGCUCUUCUUCUGGAAGUCGCCACGAUGAGACCAGUCCGACUUCUCAUGAAUCUUCGGGCUCUGGAAGCGUUGAGAUUCCGAUGGUGACGCCUACGAUUCCUCCUGUCACUACUCCUGCAACAACAGCUCCUGGUACAUCGGCCCCUUCAACCUCGCAGCACUCCAGCAACUCGAAAAGCAGCGACGCUUCUCAGGCAUCUCACCAGGACUCAAGCUCAGGGAGUGCUGCUGAUAAGAAGACGCAGUCGCCAACAGUGACGCCUACUCCAACGAACACCCCGGCGACGACAGCACCUCCGACCACUAACCACCCGAGCUCGUCCAGUGGCAGUAAUGCCAGCCCUACGGCUCAACAAGUCUCCAAAUCCUCCAGCGGAAGCGAAGACAACAAGCCCGUGACCUCAAAGUCUUUCAGUGGAAGCGACGACGCCAACCGCUCGAGCUCUGGAAGUGCGCAUGGCGAGAAAACCUCCGUACCGACAAUGCCGCCGACCGUUUCUCCCGUGACGAAGACCCCUUCUACUAAGCGCCAUUCGAACUCAUCGAGUGGCGAUGACAAGCCUCAAACGAACCAGUUGAGCUCAGCCUCGGCUAGCGGCAGCGAUGAGACGCACCAGCAGUCGUUCAGUUCGGGAAGCGUCGAUGGCAAGAAGACCCCCUCCCCAACGAUGCCCCCAGUCGUAUCGAAGACUCAUUCGCCGACUACGCCCCCAGUCGCAACGAAGACUCCUUUACCUACGAUGCCCCCAACCAUAACGAAGGAGCCGUCAACGAUGCCUCCGAUCGUAACGAAGGCCCCCGUGACGACGACUCCUUCGACUAAGCAGCAGUCAGAGUCGGCGAGCAGCAGUGGCUCUACCAAGACGUCCUCGGAGGGGUCAACUUCCGCAAGUGGAAGUAAUGGAACUCAUCAGUCCUCGAGCCCUGGAAACAGCGACGAAAAGACCUCGUCACCGACAAUGCCCCCUAUUGUUCAUCGCGCGACGAAAGCUCCUACGACGACCGCGCCGGCGAAGAAGCAGCACUCGGACUCGUCAAGCGGAAGUGAUUCUACUCAGCACUCGGAUUCGUCGAGUCAAAGCGGUUCUACUGAACAGGACUCGGGCACUUCAAGUGGAAGCAAUGAUAGCCACCAGAAGGCGAAUUCUGGUAGCUCCGAAAGCAAAAAGGACGAGGCACCGACCAUGCCUCCUACGGUGCCCCCAGCGACGAAAGCUCCUGCAACCAAGGCCCCUUCAACGACCGCCCCAACCAAGCAGAGCUCGGACUCGUCGGAUGGAAGUGAGACAACGGAAGCUCCCGUGACAGAGACCCCAGAGACGAACGCCCCGACCAAGCAGCGUUCGGACUCGUCGGUUGACAGUGAGGCAUCCCAAAAGGUCUCGCGUGUUUUCCAUUCUUCGGUCCCAGACGCCGACACCGUGGGUGCUGAACAGGACUCGACGAAUUUAAAACCGAAGAGCGAGGUCACCCAGAAAGAGGAAACCAGGAAUGGUAACGCCGCGAACUGCGCGAUGUGA